AAUAGUUUUACAAAAAUUGAUUUGCAUAAAAGCGUGUUUAGCUAUAUCUCCAAACUACUAAGACACAGCAUGAGAGAAAUAUACAGUAUGUACGGUAUAGAUGAAAUACAAUUGCUCUGAGAUUGGUCUUAAGGGAUUGUUCCCUAAAAUCUAUGCUGCAAAAAAGGACAUGAUUUUGUUUCAAUCAGGCUACUCUGUUUCACUGCCUCUUGUGACUCACAUUAUCUUUGCGUUCUGUGUUUGAAAUUUUUACGACUGCCAAUCUGCAGGCAAACUUUGGGAGCAGAAAUGCCAGCUAGGAUGAGAUUCUUGGGAGCAAAACAGUCCAUAAUUCUACUUUUUACACUCAUGUUGGUUCAAGGUUUUGAGUACUCUUGGACAAAAUGUGAUAAAUGUGAUGAGCAACAAGUUUGCAACUGUUCCUCAAAACAUCUGCAACAGGUUCCAAAAGUUCCAGUGAAUGCUGUUGGCAUUGAUCUGUCUUUCAAUGAAAUUGAGUCAAUUGACAAGAAUGAUCUCAGCUUAUAUAGUGAGCUGAAAAACCUAAAAUUGCAUAUGAACAACCUCAAGUUAAUUCACGAAGAAGCAUUCAACUCUCAAGAAAAGCUGGAAGUUCUUGAUCUGUCUUUAAACAACCUGAAAAAUCUAUCUUCAUUUUAGUUCCACAGUCUAAAAUCUCUAAAGCAGUUGAACCUUUUAGGAAAUCCAUAUACCACCCUCGGGCCUGCUCCUCUCUUUCAGUCUCUGGUAAACUUGAGGACACUGCAAUUUGGCAGUCCUUCACUGAAAAAGGUAUACAGGAAUGGCUUAGAUGGGCUCACUCAUAUGGAUGAGAUGACAUUUGUUGGCAGUAACCUGAGGUCAUAUGAGAAUGGGAGCUUUAGAGCAGCCCAACCCAUUGGUUUAGUCUCCUUGAGCCUUCAAGAUCUCUUUCAGGAUGAUCCAGAACUUGUCUCUAAGAUUCUUCAAGAUGUUUCCCACCCUGAAACUGUGCUGAUUAUCAAAGAUGUUAUACUCAGAACAAACACUUCAGUAGAACCCUUCAAAGCGCUGAAAGAAGGAGGCACAACAAGUCUGACUUUGCUGAAAAGCACUACAACAGAUGAAGCUGUCGCCUCAGUCUUGUUGAUCAUGAAUGGUUCUGCAUUGUCUUACAUUGGUCUUGAAGAUGUACGUUUAGUUGGUAAAGGGUGGUGGCAGAAAGCUAAGCCCAUGGAUUAUAAAAGCUUGCAUACUGCCUUCAUACGAAAUCUUGACAUCCAAGUCUUCUUUAUGUUUAGCAGCAUGGCCCAACUGGGAAUUAUCUUAAAGAAUUUUCACAAGGUGUCUGUGAUAAACUGCACACUUUAUGCGAUUCCUCGGAUAACUGCUAUCUUUCUGAAUAACACUGAAUACUUGGACCUCAGCCAAAAUCUACUGUCAGACCUAACAAAUCAGGAGACCUUGUAUACUGGUCAAGGGGCAUUUCAAAACCUCAACACACUCAACGUGAGCCAGAACUCUUUAAAAUCUUUUGGGCUGUUGUUGAGUCUGGUAGCCAAUCUUAAGAGACGUAUUUAUUUGGACAUAAGUCACAAUAGCUUUGGUUCUAUGCCAGAAAAGUGUAUCUGGCCAGAAACUCUCAGAUUUCUGAACCUUUCAAGCAUAAAGCUAUGUAAAUUGACCCCUUGCUUGCCUUCUAGCUUGACAGUCCUGGAUCUCAGUGAAAAUUAUCUAACAGUGUUCCACCAAAGAUUUCCUAAGCUUACUAAGCUUAUAUUGACGGGCAACAGAUUUAUGAAACUGCCACAGGGGGAAUUAUUUCCAAGCCUAAAGACGCUUCUCAUCCAAAGAAAUGCCUUGCAUAUGCUCAACAGGAAAGCUCUGAUGCGGUACAGAAACCUGCAAUACUUGAAGGUGGGUCAAAAAAAAUUUGUGUGCUCCUGCGAGUUUGUGGCUUUCUUCAGACAGGAUGUUGAAAAUUUCAUUAUCCUACGGGAUGGUCAUCGUAAUUAUCUCUGUGACACUCCAUUCAUUCUCAGGGGUGAUACUAUCGACAGUGUCAGAUUAUCAGUCUUUGAAUGCUACAUGAUCCCUGCUGUCUCAGUUCUGUGUUCAGUUAUUGUCUUGAUUGGACUUAUUGUUGUUACCUGUCACAAGCUCCAUGUUUUAUGGUACCUGCAGAUGACUAAAGCAUGAAUACAAGCCAAAUGAAAACCAGCAGUUUGUCAAACAGCUGCAGAACUCUGCUUUGACGCUUUUGUGUCCUACAGUCAACAAGAUGCUGAGUGGGUCGAGGAGAUCCUAGUUCCAGAGCUAGAAAGUGCUCAUCCUCCCUUUGCUCUCUGUUUGCACAAACGUGACUUCAGGCCAGGUCGCUGGAUCAUGGACAACAUAAUUGACUCGAUUGAGAAGAGCCAUCGGACCCUAUUUGUUCUGUCUGAGCACUUUGUCACCAGCGAAUGGUGCCGCUACGAACUAGACUUUUCGCAUUUCCGCAUAGUCGAUAAGCACAACGAUUCUGCUGUCUUGAUACUUCUUGAGCCAAUCAAGAAGGAGACAAUUCUCAAGCGUUUCUGCAAACUAAGGAAGAUUAUGAACUCCAGAACAUAUCUGGAGUGGCCCGAGGAUGAGGAAAAGAGAUCAGAGUUCUGGAGCAAUCUUAGAGUCGCCCUAAGGAGAGACGAAUGUUGAAGAGUAAAAACAUGAUCAUGCAUUUCCUAAAUUUUAAGGGAAAAAAAACACUGUUUUGAUUUUAUUGUAUUGAUCUUAUUUUAAUAGUUUCCUUCUAAUUGUGUGGGUUAACUUUCUAUCUGGUGUUUGACAGUUCUUUUUUCCCCUAUCUGUUUUGGGUAAUAAACCAUAUUAGAGUACCAGCACCACUGUGAACAUACAGUGGUUUGUGGUUAAAUAUUAAUGGGAAGCACAACACUACCCUGAACAAAUGUAAAUAUUCCAGGCCAUAUUUAGUGUCCAGAGUGUUCCUGUAAUGUGACCUGUUUCAAUAGAAGGUUAUCUAAUUGUAAUUUAAUGUACUGUUUCUUUCAAUGAGAGUUCUAUGAAUGUUUAACAAAAGUAGCAUUAUUUCAGUUCAGCCAUAAUCUGUUAGUUAAGUAAAUAACAUAAGAUUUUCUGUUGAAAGUUAAUGUUUGUGACAGUGAACUUUACAGUGCACCACUCCACAUAAUUAACUGUCAUAAAACCAAUCCAAACAUUUUAACUGUAUGUCCUUGUGACUUUUUUAUUUAUUUUUACAAAAAACAUAAUAUUGUAUCAGAUGUAUCUAGGUUUAUAAUUUUGAGCAUGUUGUCAUUAUAUAUUGGCCUGCUCUGGCUUAACUCUCCAACAGCUUGGGGCACUUGCCAUAAGUAUAAUAUUUUCAAAUAAAUGAUUGAGUCAA